GCUACCUGGUGGUCAGGUAGGUUUCGGUGAAAGAAGAGUAAAGCUCUACGCAGAGGGACUCGACCACAGACAGCAACUUUGAUUUAUAAUCUCGCACAUUCAGAGUAGACUAGGGAAACCUGGAUCUUCAACUUCUUAACGAUAACUUCUGACUACAUUUAAUGCACACAAUUGUAAACCCCAAUUGCAGCGAGCUAUGGUAAUUUACUAACUCGUUACGGUUUUAUAAUUGGCGGCGUGAAUCAUGUGACGCGUUGGGGAUUAUAUCCCUGUAUACCAAAGUAAUUAAAAGCUGUUUUUAUUAAUAAUAUUAUCUCGUGGAUUUUCCGCUAGUGCUCGUACAGUAGCCCAUGCGUUUAGUUCUCGUAGGUUAUGCUAAUUGUAUUCUAGCUACCUACCAAGCUCGUUUAGUCAGGCAGGGUAACUCGCCAACCUUAAUUUGCACUACAGUUGUUUCGGUGGUCUAGCAAUUAUUAGGCUGAUAGAGUAUGCACCUCAGCACCAAAUGUGAAAACUUUGUCAACUUUUACAUUUUUUUCAGCCGGCUAUGUCAGUUAGAUAAGAGUUGACAUUUAUUUAUAUCUUUUUAAAUCUGUGAUAUGACCAAGACGCCUUCGUGUACCUACGCUUAUAUUAUACGAAUCCAUAGAAACACAAGGUUAAUCGACGCAUUAUUGCAAGUGAAACUAUGCAGAUAGAUGUACAGUACAGCCUGGUCAGCGAGAACCAUGGCCGUUUUAACGAGUUCUGGAUGUAUAAGUGGAUACGGAGGCUCGCGCUGAUCACUGCUCACGUCGCCGCCUUGGGAUUUACCAUUUUAAUAUCGGUGCUGUCACGACCUGGAACAAGUUUCUUCUCCUGGCAUCCUGUGUGUAUGUCCGUUUCUUUCUGCCUGUGUAUGACGGAGGGGAUGCUGCUAUUUUCAUCCCAGGAGUCUCCAUUUUGUUUCUGUUCCCGUAAGCGGAGGGAGUGGCUGCACUGGUUCCUCCAGGCCCUGGUGGUUGUGGGCGGUGUCACGGGCGUGGGGUUCAUGGUGGUCAGUAAGAGGGUGUCAGAGCGCCCCCACCUGACCACCUGGCACAGCGUGUUGGGGGUGGGCACGCUGGUGGUCACGGUGCUGCAGACCACGUGUGGUUUGCGCCUGCUGUUCCCAAACAUGUCGCUGCCGGGCCCUCCCCUGCCCCGGCUCCGCCUCUACCACACCACCUGCGGGCUGGUGACCUACCUGCUGGCCGUUGCCACGGUGAUGCUGGCCAUGUUCUCUGACUGGUUCCAGGCCACCAUGAGGGGCCUGCUGUGGUACCCCGUGGCCCUAAUCCCCCUCCUCCCAGCCAUGGUGGUGAUGAGCCAGGUCACCAGGGUCUACCUGUCCAAGAAGAAAAUCACUGUCUGAAAGAUCCAGGUCAACAGAGUCUAACUACCCUAGAAGAAGAUGGCUGUCUAAAAAAUCCAGGUCACCAGAGUCUUAACUACCCUAGAAGAAGAUGGCUGUCUAAAAGAUCCAGGUCACCAGAGUAACUACCCUAGAAGAAGAUGGCUGUCUAAAAAAUCCAGGUCACCAGAGUCUUAACUACCCUAGAAGAAGAUGGCUGUCUAAAAAAUCCAGGUCACCAGGGUCUACCUUCCAGGGAGAAGACCCCUAUCUGAACGAGCCAGGUCAUUAGAGUCUACCUGCCCAAGAAGAAGAUGGCCGUUUGAAAGGCAUGUCCUCAAACCUGGCUGGCCCUGUUCCAGGGGGUCUUUCCUCGCCAUUCCUCCAUAUUCAGGCCUGAAAGUACGAUGGCCGUCACGUCAGAUUGCAAAUGAGAAACAGCGGCAUAAUUAAUCAGGAAGUACUCAUUCUUUCCACCGCAAACAUCUCUGAGGGCCUCUCGUUUUUUGGCCUUACCACUGAAUUUUCUCUCCCUCUGUCACCUGGCAGAGUACCAAUGACUUGACAGUCUGCAUUUCUACAUGUACCAAUGCAUUUCCUUCAAGGAAAUAUUAUUUUCAAGGAAAUAUGUAAAGAUUAUGUUUAAAAAUAUUUUGUGUAAAGCACUGUGUAAGGCAGUGGUCUCCAGGCCUGGUCCUGGAGAGCUACUGGGUCUGCUGCCUUUUGUUUCCACGUGUUUAUGAUUUUUUUUCCCCAACCAAAGAAGCAGGGAUUGUUACUUGAAAAUACAUGGAACCAGCUGCUUGUUGCUUUGCUUUGUCUGCUCCUGUGAUGGUGACUGUAGUUUUAAAAGCUGUGCGAUAUUGUGAUCAUAGCGGGCCUUCACUUUGCUUUCGCACCUCCACACCCACAGUGGCCAGUCAUAAUAACUGUUGUGUUUGUCCCUUAUCGACACGAGGAAUCGCACUGUUUACUCAGCAGUUUUGUAGCAGGAAUUUCAGCUUAAUCAUACUUUUGGCAUUACAGUAUUGUCAAUAAAAACAGUAUAACUCACACAAGAUCUAGCUAAAGACCAUGUACAAUACUUUUACUUCUUGCAAAGUGUUUAUGUGGCUGCAAGAUGAAAAUCUCUCCUUUUUCCAAAAUUAUGAGUGGUAAAAUAACAGUUUCCUUUGAGCGAUUAUGAGGUAGAGUUGGUAAACCUAAAGAGUGAUGUGGGCAGUGUUGCAAGAGAGCAAACAAUUCAGUAUUUUACAAUGACGAUACAGGGCGUUUUUUGCAUGUUGUAUAAUGGGGUCGGGCUGUUGUCAUUACAUGUCAUUUGGCUGAUGCUUUUAUCCAAAGUGAUUUAGAGUUGAGGCUGUGUGGAUCACCGGGGAAUCAAACCACUGACCUUGCGGGUCCUAGUCAUGUACCUUAAGCUACAGGCCACCUUAAUAUACUGUUACAUUUAUACAAGAAAGCUGGUCUUAAAAUGGCCAAGACUAAAUCCUCAUGUAGUGGACAGUAAUAACUAUAUAAUAACUAUAUAACUGCUGCAGUUUUUAUUAGCUUUUAGCUUUUACGUUUUAUGUGUGAUUUAAUUAGUAAAAAAAGGUAUUUAAAGAAAUGUUGGUUUUACUGUCGUGAAUGUUUUUAGUGUUGUUGUUAUGUGCAUCUGAUGGAUGCCCUAAUGCUCUCCAUUUUGGACCUGCCCUGUGUUUGUUGAUGCAUCUCUGAGAUGGAGCCGCUUAAAUUUGGCAGCUUUCAGAAAUGGGGAAUUGUUGUUAUUCAGGGUUAGAGGUUGGCUGUUAUUUCGGCAGGGAAAUCACACUUUGUUUGUGUGUAAUUAUGUGAUUAUUCUCCCUGGCUCCUGGGUGUUCAUGCUCAUGUCUGCAUAUUGUGAACAUAAACCCAGAUAAUGUGCAAUUAAAAAUGUUUACAGAUGA